AUGUCCCGCGUCCGAAACGCCAAAUCGGUUUCAAUGAAUGAAGACGGUAGCGUGGUUUCGCUGACAAAGGCCCACCGGGAGAAGGAUCUAUCCGAAGGAAGGCAGCUAGUGAUUAUGAAGAAGAUAUGGAAGGAGCAAGGCGCGCAAUCCAAGCUGGAAAAGUUGGAGAGGGAGGACGAGAAGGAGGCAUUUGAGAAAUACGAGCGCCGAAAUACCUUAUUUCAGUCGACGAGAAAGCUCAGGCGCUGGACUGAGGAGGAAAGCAAGCUUUUGAUAAAGUUAGUGCACAAGUACAGGGAAGAACCUGGGAUCUGGGGCUUGGUCGCAGGUGGUACGAUCGAAGAUGAUGACGGGAAUAUGCAGACACUGGCUAGGAUGGGGAUGUCUUGUAAACGCCAAUGGGUGUACUUGAAUCGGCCAGAGCAGAUCAAGACUGGCUAUUGGUCGGCAGACGAGAAACAGAAACUAGUAGAGGCGAUCCGCAAGCGAGUAGGAAAUGGUUUUGAGAUCACCAUCGAUGUCCUUCGAACCCCAGGGACGACCACAGCAGCAAAGGCGAACAAGGCCAAGCGAGAGCAGGACAAAAGCACAGCGACAACAGCAUCAACGGCGAAUUCGACUACGGCGAUAGGAGCGGACGCCUUAGAGCGGGGUAAACAGAAACUGCUGAAAAUGGGUGGACCAGAGCUCUCGUCAUUGAACUGGCUCGACAUUGCGGCGGAGGUGGGCACUCGGGAUGGACUGCAGUGCCGGAAUCAUUUCUAUGCCAACAUGCAUAAUGGUCGACGCGGACAUUGGACUGAGGAGGAGCGGAGGUUGUUCAAGGAGGCUUACAAGAAGUACGGGAACCAGUGGAGGGCCAUUGCGACCCAUGUGGGCACGCGCUCAUCCGCCCAGGCAAAGUACGCUUACCAGACUAUCAUGGGGAAGGAAUAA